CAAGAAUUAGAUGUGACAGUUGGAUAUUGAAAAACGUUUUAUCAAUAGGGUUUUCCCGUUUCUCAAAGCGACAUCUACAACUGCAAACUAGUCAAACAUUCUUCUGUCAAUAAUGCGGAUUUUUGUGUGAUGAACAAGCCAAAGCUGAAAAAUUACACAUUUACCAGGACUCUGAUACAAAUUCUAUAUUUUGUUUUUUUUUUUUAGAAAAAAAUACUAAAACUCAUAUAAAAUCCAUAUAAUUAUUGUUAAAAAUUCUUUGAAUGGAAAAAUAUUGAGAUUUUUCUGGAGUAGAUUCGCGGAGUUAAUAACAGACGCUAAGUUAUUACUAUUGUCUAUCAUUAUACAAAAGAUUGUUUAAAUGGGGUCGAAAAAGCAUAAAAAACAUAAAUCGGAGAGACGAGAGAAAUAUGAGGAUCAACCAUUUUCUUUGGAGAGACCUCCGAGUUUGAAACUUAUACUUAAAGUUGGAACUGGGAAUAGUUCAACGCCUGAAUAUGCAAGCAGUGAAUCUCCGCCCGUAUAUGGUGGCAUUCAACCAGAAAGUUUAGGUCUUUUAAUGGACUAUCCGGAGAGACAUAAAAAAUCGAAAAAGAAAAAAAAGAAAAAAGAUCGCGAAAAAAAACAUAAACAUCACAAAGAAAAACGACGCCAUCUCGAUGAAUCCAGAGAUCGCACUGAAAAUGAACAAGACGAAUCAAGCCAAGAGGAUUUCAGUAUAAAUGAAGACAGUGCACAAUUUCAAAGUGACAGUACAUUACGAUAUAAUCCAGUGCUGAGCGAUAGUGCUAGUCCAGCAUCGAUUUCAGUAUCACAAACACCACUCCUACUAUUACCAUUGAAAUCACCGAUACUUGAUUCAUUGGCCAGUGAACAAAGUCCAAGUAUGAGUAGUGUGCGUUCAGAUAGUUUGAAAUCACCAUCAUCUACCAGUGACAGUGGAGCCAGAACGUGUGUAAUAAAAAUGCGUCAAAAACCAUUGAGUAAACUAUUGAGUCAUUUAUUGAGUUUACUUGAAAAAAAAGACCCACAACAAUUUUUUGCAUGGCCUGUGUCUGACGAUAUUGCACCCGGAUAUUCAAAUAUAAUUACGAACCCAAUGGAUUUUUUUACUAUUCGUUCUAAAAUAGAAGAUAGCAAAUAUCAAACACUAAUUGAAUUUAUUGACGACUUUAAACUAAUCUGUAUGAAUGCGAUUCAAUAUAAUCAAGAAGAUACAGUAUAUCAUAUUGCUGCUAAAAAGUUGCUUCAUGUUGGUCUCAAAAUGUUGAAACCUGGAAAUCUCAUUCGUUUGAAACCACUUCAAAUUUAUUUACAAGAACUCUCAACCACAGCAUUGGGAUUUGAUGUGUCUCAAGGGCAUCAUUAUAAUGAUUUGCAUAUGAUGGUCGAUUCAGCUGAUGAAUCCAUGUCAACCGGUGUGGAUGAAGUAAAUAUAGCUCAACUUGAAGAAGAGGUCAAACGUCAAAAUAUCAGAUUGGAAAAUGAGCCACAAUCACGAUUUGAACCAUUCUUAGAUGAUUUAACGUCAGAAGAAAUUCUUGCCCAAGUUCAAGAUGCAGCUGCGAAAGCAAAGAAAAAAAUUUCCGAACGUAAACGAGCAAAUAAAAUGGGCUUUUUGCGACAUAAAAAGGAUGGUACAACAAGUAUGCAAAUUUUAGUCGACAUCGAAAAUUCAUGUCCCGAAAGAAUCGUAUCGAUUGGCGCGUUUACUGGAAAAUUGCAAAGUGGAACUGGACAAAUACAAAGUUUUCGGGAGGAUCGUCGAAAUAAUGCAAAGAUUGUGAAACCAUUAAAUUAUGGAACAUAUUGUUCCUUUGCACCAAUUUAUGAUUCGAGAUUUUCUAAUUUGAGUAAGGAAGAAGUCGAACUGGUUUUAAAUACUUAUGGCGAUGAAGCAAAUUCAGAGUAUGCCGCCAGUAUAAUUGAAUUCACAAAAUACAGUCAACAUGGUAGUUUUUUGGCAAAUGCCGUAUUAGACUUUCUUACAAAUGGUGAACAUCGGAAAACAAUGGCAACUUUAUCAGAAAAUUCACGACAAAAAUUCGAACAUAGCGAAGUACAAAGGACGUUUCCCAAUCCAACGGUUGACGAUGAAUACGAAAAAUAUAAAGAUACUAAAAUUGAUUUUGAUGUCCUACGUACUCUUAGUGAUGUCGGGGUAAACAUCGACUUUCUUAGCGAAAUGGAAGAAGACGUUAAAACCUUUGAAAUAUACAAAAGCUUGGAAAAUCGUUUGGAAAAUAACUCAGAGUUGCUUGGUCGACUGCGUCAGGUGCAAAAUGAACGUUUGUCACAAAACCUACCAACACAUUUAUCGAAUGUCGCUCAUCCAAGUGAAGAUGAACUCGAGCUAGCCACUCAAAUCACAAACAAUUUGAAAGAGAUUGCAAAAGAGCUACCACCCUCCUCUCUCGUAUCGGCCUCUGCUUUAAGAAAGGCCAUGGGAAUUUCAAAUGUUGGCCUGGAACCAUUAACAGGAUUCCAAGGAAAUAAAAAUAUAUCACCCAAUGACAAAUCAGAAAGAAAUACUGCGCAAAUAACAAUGGAUAUUGAUGCUAAUACAUCGCCAGACGACAUUCAGAAUACAGUGAAAGAUGCAUCGACAUUGCCGUCAGUGGAUCUCGAAAGUGAACUCAGAGAAUUUCUCGAAAGUGAUCCAACUAGUUUGGCAGCGGCAGCAGCUGACGACGUAGGCAUAGAUCAAAUGCUUAUGGCUUGAGUUCUAUUUUUGUUUUUUAAACAAAAUGUAUCUUUUUUCAUCUUGAACAUUUUCCUUAAGAGGCACAUAUAAUUAUCAGAAACCAAUUAAAGUCUACGUUGCCAGACUGUCAUACGAUUACAAAAGUUCACAAGUAACAUAUAAAAUUGAUUGUGUAAAUCUGGAAUAAAAUAUGAAAAAAAUGAA